CUAAUUGUUGUGAUAAACUUAUUAAAUAGAUUAAGCUGUUAACCAUUUAGCAAAAUGUUCCGAACGUGUGGUCCAAAUGAGGCAAUGGUGGUGUCCGGUUGUUUCCACAGCAGACCCCUGUUAGUUCCCGGAGGCAGAGUCUUCUUCAUUCCAGCUGUGCAAACACUUCAGAGGCUCUCUUUGAACACUAUGACGUUCCAAGUGGAGACGAACAAUGUGUACACCAAGAAGGGAGUCCAGAUAUCCGUCACCGGCAUUGCUCAGUUGAAAAUAGACGGCCAAAAAGAGGACAUGUUGGCUAAAGCGUGUCAGCAGUUUCUGGGCAAGAGGGAGAGGGAGAUCCACGCCAUCGCACUGCAGACUCUCUCCGGCCACCAGAGAGCCAUCAUGGGAAACCUGACUGUGGAGGAGAUCUACCAGGACAGAGAGAGCUUCAACAAACAGGUGUUCGAGACUGCCUCGGCUGACUUGGCCUCAAUGGGAAUGGUGGUCAUCUCAUACACCAUACACGAGAUCAAAGACUCAUUCGGCUACUUGAAAGCUCUGGGAAUGAGCAGGACCGAAGAAGUGAGAAGAGACGCCAGGAUCGGAGAGGCGCAGGCAAAGAUGGAAUCUGGAAUCAAGGAGGCAGAAGCUACUCAAGAGAAGGAACAAUCCAGGUACUACAACGAAGAAAAAAUGGCAGAAUCGAAGAGAACUUAUGAGAUUGAACAGGCCAAGUAUAAUGAGAAGAUUUACGUGCAACAGGCCCAAGCUGACCUUGCUUACGAUUUGCAGGCUGCUAUUCAGAGGCAGAAAAUUAUUGCUGAGGAAACUAAGAUCAAGGAAAUUGAAAGGAAUCAACAGAUAGCUAUUCAAGAACAGGAGAUCCUCCGAAGACAGAAGGAAUUAGAUGCUAAAGUGAAGCAACCUGCACUGGCCGAAAAGUACAAGAAAGAGCAGCUUGCAAUUGGUCAGGCUACUAUGAUUAUUAACGAGGCAGAAGCGGAGGCCUUGGCUAUCAAGUUGAAGGGCGAUGCUGAGGCUGCGGCUAUCAACGCUAAAGCCAAAGCGGAGGCCGAACAGAUGGCACUGAAGGCGAAGGCCUGGCAACAGUACCAGGACGCUGCUCUGGUCGACAUGGUGUUGCAGGUGCUUCCCCAGAUGGUGGCGGAGGUGGCCGCGCCCCUCACUGAGGGAACUAAGGGCAUCAAGCUUGUGGCAACUGGAAGCGACGCCCAGAUUGGAGCGGCAAAACUGACCGGUGAAGUGCUGGACAUUGUGGAAAGACUCCCACAAGUUGUCAACAACAUGACCGGAGUCGACUUGUCUAAAGCACUGGGAGCGAAAAGUCAAAGAGUGAAACGGACAAAAUCUAGGGAUAAACUCGGAGGAGACCCCUCGACACUUGACAUCUAAAACAGAAAUACUACCAGUCUUAAGACUGUGUUGCAUAAUAUUGCAGAAAAUUUCCUCGAUUUUGAUUCUAUCCUACUUAAUUGAACUUUUUGCAGUUGCGGAUAAUUUUGUAGUAGUUGGUGUUGCCUGUCCUCAUUAUUAGGCUUUUAAGUGGGAUCUCUAACUAUUUCCCCCACUCUAUGUUACCUAGUUAUGAAUUCCUACCCCUAUAAAGAACUAAUUCGACGGUUAAGCAUGCGUGAGUUUUGCAAAAGUGGAAAAUAGUAACAGAGAUCCCUUAAGUGUGCUGCUUUAAAACAUGGCACUCUACAUUGCAUCAGUUCGAGCCAAAAACGCACCCUUUUUAAUUUGAAGGCUGUAUUGUCUCUCAAUCUGAAAUAAUUCGUAAUCAGACUUUACAUGCAUUGUAGGAUUUAUAAAAUUUAGUGCUUUGUCUAGAUGAGUUUGCAAAUGUGUCAUUUUAUUCGAUUUAAAUUUUUGUUCAUAUCAAUUAAAUAAUGUUCUUAUUAAUUUCUAUCUAAUUGUGUUGAUUUUAGAAAUAAAAAGGGACAUUGAAAUAGUUUGUCAAAAAUGCUUUAGUUUCAAUAUCCCUUGAGGGUAAGGUGAGCAUUCCAACUUAGCUUGAAAAGUUAUACGAAUGCCGCCCGUUGAUGUUUGUAUUAUAUGAUCAUCUCCAGAUGUUGAUUUCAUUUCAAACCUGACUGCCUGCUCUGAUUUUCACUAACCCUGAUGAUUAGAUUUUCCUCUUUGUCUUGAAUUAUUUCGUAUUCUAUGAACUGUGAUGCUCUUUUUCAUAACAACAUCAUUCACCGCACCGGUAGAUUUUGGGUUCUCUGUAAUUAUUUUGGAACCGGUUCAAAUAUAAAAUCUAGACACCAUUAUUAGUUUUGGACAUUUUUAUGUGAUUUUCUCAAACCCAUAGAUAUCUCAUGAAACCAUUGGAUGGUAUAUUGGAAAAGAGCUUCGUGUCAUUCGAUGUUGUCUUUUUCUUCACAGUUUCUGUAAAUUAUAUUCUUAGAUAAUUAAUUGAUGAAUUUAAGAAUGAAAAUUUUGUAAAACCUGUUCCCAAAUUAAAUAGCUACUAUUCAAGAAUUAACUUCUGUCAACUU